UAUUACCAUCGGUUUCCCUCCCCUUACUUAUAUUCCCCUGGUUCAUGAUAUUAUAAGAGAAGAUUGACGAAUUUCAUCAAAACAGACAUUAUGGCGACGCAGACAAUCAACGCAGGCAUGUUCAACAUGAAAUCCACAAAAGGCAAAAGACACAACGUGGACCUAUGUGAUGACGACGAACAGAGAACGUUAGCUUUUGGAUGGAUGGCAUCUUAUAAUCAAAGAGCAGUUUGUGUAAGGAUUUUGUCUCCUGUUGUCAAGAAUAAGAUGGCUAGAAAGCCAAAGCAUGUUAAAUUCAUCACCAGAGAAAACAGCUCUUGUGAGGGGCCUGGCUACAAGUACAUUGGGGCAGGAAUUUGGUCAUACAAGGAUUUUUAUGGAUGGCUUGCAAGAUAUUUAGAGGGAUUUGAGAUUUCCGAAUUAAAAGAUGAAUACUGGAAUAAAAUAUCACAAUGGAUAGAGCUUUUAGAUUAUAAGUAUGAAUUGGUUGGAUCUGUAAUGCAAUGGGUAACUGACUCAACAAUGACAUCUGGAGCCUUAAAAAAGAAAGCAGCUGAUAUAAAGCUUUCAACAGGCCAACAAAAAUAUCUGUCACAUUUUGGAGCAGCUUUGAAGUGUGAUAUGAAAAAUGGCACAGCAAAAGCUUGGAUGGAACAGUUAGUACAGAAAAUUGUUCAGACCACUGGUAAUGACAUUGAUGAUGUAUCUUGUGUAGCACCUUCUAACCAUUGUAGUUCCAGCACUAUUAUUGAAAGCAUUUGUGGUGACUUGGAAGAUGUAAUGACACAGAUGGAGUUUAAUGCACCCUUUGUACAAGCUCGUGUUGGUUCAAUGACAUCAAAUUUAUCUUCAUUAAGUCUUGAAUCUUGUUCUGCAUCUUCCAGCACAUCUGCCGAAACUGGUACUUCAUGCAAUAAAGUUUCAAAAUCCAAAGUCGUACCAGAUCUUUGUGUUGCUAUUGCUGAUGAUCCAGGUUCAUUUCCAUUGGUGGUUGAAAUGAAGCCAGCAUAUAGUGAGAAGGAAGGUUAUUUUCAGAAUAUAUCAAAAUUGCUUUCAAAACUUUUCUUCCAAGAUGCUGUAUUUGGUUUGGUUGUUACACCUAGAAGUUAUCAAAUGUCUGCUAUCGUUAAACAUGGAAAUAAGCUUUAUUAUUUAGAUUCACCAGAAAUUCCAUUUGUAUUUUUGGAUCAGAAUGGAAAAGGGAAACUUGAUCUGAAUAGCCUUAAUCAAUUGUAUACAUUUAUCAAUUCUGUUUUAAAGUGGGCAUUUAAAACACGAUGCAUUUCCAAAAAAGUAGACUGAAAGUUGUCAUUUUAGUUAAAAUGACCAUUUCCCUAUUUUCUUGGUUAACAUCUAGAAAACUGUAACAUCUUAAGCCAAAAUUAAUAUUCAGCUCAACAAAAUAUACAGACAUGACAGAUAUGUCUGCAUAGGCAAAAUAGUCAGAUUUUAUGUUUAAGAGUUAUCUCUCUUUAAAUACUGAAAUUUGCUGAUUUGGGUAUAUUUUUGGUUAUAUCUAAAAACUAUGAACAUUUUAGAGUCAAAAUUAAAAUGGCGAAUUAUUCUACUCUCUACAAAAAAUAGUCUACAGGGGUCAAAUUGUUAAAUUUUCUGUUUGAAAGUUAUAUCUCUCUUUAAACACCUCAAUGUACAUGAUGUAAUGGUCAACUUUCUGGUUUAAGAGUAAUCGUUUUUGUAAUAUUGAAACAGUCAAACAGGUUAGCGAUUCCGGCUCCUUAGAACCUGUAUUCUCAUUUGAAAUUUUAAAGAAAUUUACAUUUCUAAAGUGAAUAUUUAUGGCAUUUAGCCCUCAAGGUAAUUUUUUUCUUUUUUAAAUGAGUAAUAUAUAUCUGAGCUGCCAUUUUUUUGUCGUUUGAGGUAGACUUUUUAUAUUCAGCAUUUGGGUAGACCAACUCAUGAUAACAUAUCAUGAACUUACUUUCUUACUUUUGACCUUGCACUUUGACCUCAAGGUAAAGUUAUUGUAUUUUGAAGAGAUUAUUCGUAUCUGGGCUGUUACUUUUUAACAGGGGUUUCCACUUAAAUAAACUGGUAAUUGUGUUUCAUUUUCAAAGUCAGGCAGGUGGACAGACAGCCAUUAAUUAUGUCCUGUCUAUAGUUUUGACAGUCUAAUUCAAGAACUGUUUGGAGUUGAGAGAGGAUACUAUGCAUGAGUUUUUACCACCUUCAAAAGGUGUGUCAGGAAUAAUAAAGAAACUCCUAAAGAUAUAUGCAGACAACAAACAAAGGAGUAGAACAAAUUGAUAACAGCAAUAAUAUUUCAAAUCCUUUAAGUUGUGUAAAGAAGAACUAGUCAGGUUAUUGAAAAUGGCUAAAUGCUUGUAUAACUUUUUUGUUAAAUUGAAAAGCUAAUGUCAUGAUAAAACUCACAACUACAGAUGUGAAAUUGUAAUAUAAAAGGGAAACAUGUUCCAUAAAGAGUAAAAACUAAUGUAUCUUUUAUCAUACAGUGAAUUUUCAUGGCAAAUUUUUCAGUAUGGGAACUUGUUAUAAAGACUAAUUUAUGUGGGAAAUUAGUCACAUUGCAAAAUCAUAUUAAGACUUAAACACCACAUGUGACAGUAGAACAUAUUUUAUUUAUAGAUGUAUCACCAAUGUGCACCACAUAAACUAUUCUGGAAUCACUUUUUUUUCUUUCAAAUUAAAAAAUAAAUAAAGGGGGGAUGUCUAGAAAAUUAAAUAAAUCCUGCAUUUACCCACCUGUGUUAUCAUAAAUUCUUUUCUUAAGAUUAUAAAGGGGACAUUGACUUAUAAAAUGUUCUUUGUCUUCAACUUUAUCCAAGGGGCAUUUUGUACAUAAUGUUUGUGAUUUAUAUUUAUAGCUUUUGGCAUAUCUAUCAGCCUACUUUUUUUAAAAGCAGUGUGCACUUAUUCUGAUCCUUCAGAGUACUUUAAAUUAUUCUAAUUGCAGAUAUUUUUCUGUGUCAAAAAGUUUUUAAUUGAAAAAUAAGUCAUGAGUUUACUUUUAUUUGAUUUAACAGUAAUUUCUCUAAAUGCUUUCUAAUGAUUCAGAAUUAUUAUACUUAAUUUAUUCUUAACAAUAGCACAUAAUGUUAACACUUACAUCUAUGUUUUACAAGUCUAGUUCUAUCAUUAAGUCAUCAAUGUAGUAAUAUAGGGUUAUUGCAUGAAUAUUGGGGUAUAUUGUCCCGAGUAGAUUUUUACAUUGCACGUGCUUGCAAGAGUAAUAUAUGUUCUACGAGGGACAAUAUUCCCCAAUAUUUAUGCAAUACCCUUUUUAGCUCACCUGGCCGGAAGGGCCAAGUGAGCUUUUCUCAUCACUUGGCGUCCGUCGUUGUCCUGCGUCCGUCGUCGUUAACUUUAACAAAAGCUUCUCCUCUGAAACUGCUGGGCCAAAUUUGACCAACCAUUGCCAAAAUCAUUAUUAGGGUAUCUUGUUUAAAAAUUGUGUCCGGUGACCUGCCCAACCAACCAAGAUGGCCACCAUGGCUAAAAAUAGAACAAUUGGGUUAAAUGCAGUUUUUGGCUUAUAACUCAAAAACCAAAGCAUUUAGAGCAAAUCUGACAUGGGGAUAAAUUUGUUAAUCAGGUCAAGAUCUAUCUGCCCUGACAUUUUGAGAUGAAUCAGACAACCCGUUGUUGGGUUGCUGCCUCUGAACUGGUAAUUUUAAGGAAAUUUUGCUGCUUUUGGUUAUUAUCUUGAAUAUGUUUAUAGAUAGAGAUAAACUUUAAAAUACAAUAAAUGUUGGCGAAGUAAGAUUUAUAAAUAAGUCAACAUGACCGAAAUUGUCAGUUGACCCCUUUAGUAGUUAUUGCCCUUUAUAGUCAAGUUUUAACCAUUUUUUCGUAAAUCUUAGUAAUCUUUUACAAAAAUCAUCUCCUCUGAAACUACUGGGCCAUGUUAAUUAUAGAUAGAGAUAAUUGUAAGCAGCUAGAAUGUUUAGUAAAUUAAGAUUUACAAACACAUCACCAUCACCAAAACACAAUUUUGUCAUGAAUCCAUCUGCGUCCUCUGUUUAAAAUUCACAUAGACCAAGGUGAGCAACACAGGCUCUUUAGAGCCUCUAGUUAUUGUAUAACAAUAAGCAAUAUAAUAUUUAAAAAUAAAAAUUGGUUUAAACUUAGAUUUUGUUGUUUAAUUUUUUGAAGAUUUAUUGCACAAGUGCAAUAUUAGAAUUUAUUACACGCUAACUUUUGGUUACUUUCUGUGGGAAAUAUUAUAUUGCUAUGCAAUAAAAUAAUAUUUGUUUCUGACAUGUAACUUUUUAUUACAAAUAUAUGCAUCAUAUAAUGAAGGCAUCCUUAGUGUUUUAACCUUUAACAUAUUUUAGCAUAAUGAUUGCCAAUUAAAAAGUAUGAAAUGUUUGUGUGUAACUUUUCAGAUAUGUCUUUUGAAUAAAAGUUUUCUAAAAUUUAA